AGACAGCCCAGAUAGCUGAGGUGUGUGCCCAGGACAGCGUACUUGAAAUUUCAUUGGAAAUAAGUUCAAAUGGAAGUCGUUGGUAUUUUAAGAUUGUAUCCGGCGAUUAGCAUGGUGAUAUAUGAAUCCUGGCCACCAUCUGUUGCAAAAUCAGAUCAACAACGCGUUACAGAACGUGUCGAUACUUGGAUGUAAUAGUGCCAGAUACUUGACGCGGCCACUACAGAAAGACGAUAACACACAUACACGACAACAUUCACAGAUGAUGAAGAUCCUACACCUCGUCAUACUCCUGUCAAUUACUGUCCUCGUCUUCAUCAUCUACUUGUCUACCAGUUUGCUGAGCUCGCGGAGACAGAUGCUGGACGACGUCAAUAUUGAAAAUCUGCUGCAAAUCCUUAAGGUGAAGGAAUCGAAGCCCGAACUGACAGCUGUAGCGAGAACAACGCCAGCCGACUACGUGGCCCGGAAACUGUUCGAGCAGGUUCGCGUCCUCUGUUGGGUGAUGACGACACCAAAGAACCUAGAGCCGCGCGUCAAAUACGUCUUGAGGACGUGGGGACGACGUUGUAACAAACUCGUCAUCAUCAGCUCCAAGGCCAACGCCACGUACGGCGCGGUCGCAAUCAACGUCACGGAAGGCAGAGACCAACUGACGCGGAAAACCCUUGGCGGCUUCCACUACGUGUACAAACACCACUUCGACGAUGCUGAUUGGUUCCUGAAAACUGACGACGACACCUACGUCAUAAUGGAGAAUCUCAGAUACAUGCUUUCGGAGCAGGAUCCGAAGGAGCCGGUGUAUUUCGGUCACCAUUUCAACUCGAUCGGAACGUUCCCGUAUUCCAGCGGCGGAUCCGGGUUUGUGGUAAGCAAAGAGGCGCUCAGACGCUUCGGCAGGGAGGCGAAUAGUUCUAAAGUUUGUCGGCAGACCGGUUCGGCCGGGGAUGAAGCUUUCGGGCACUGUAUGGGAAAACUCGGCGUCAAGCUGAAGAACUCCACUGAUAAGUUUGGUGGAACUAGGUUCCACUGUAUCAGUCCACACGAUUUUGUGACGGGACGAUUUCCGGACUGGUUGUACAAGUAUGACGCAAAUGGGUUGAAGAAGGGCGUGGACAGCAUCAGUGACUAUGCUAUUUCUUUUCAUUACGUGGCUGGAAAUCAAAUGGACGUUUUGGAAUAUUUGAUAUAUCACGCUAAACCAUAUGGCAUAAAACACGUCUUCCAAGACCUCAAUCAACAUUAACUGCUAAAUACAAUUAACCAGAGGGAUAUCCUUGUGGGCUUUUGUUUCUUGUAGUGUGUGUGUGUGUGUGUGUGUGUGUGUGUGUGUGUGUGUGCGUGUGUGUGUGCGUAGGGGAUAUUGAUUGUUAGCAGAAUAGAACAGAAAGAAAGUUUAUUACACUCAAUGCCAUCUGAGGAAUUUGAGGAAUACAAAUAUACAUAUAUAAUAUAACAGCAUCAAGAUGACAGGGUUUGAAUUCUUUUUUCAUAAACUGUAAAUAAUGAAAGUCUUAGUAGAAACAGAAAUGUUUGUUAAUAAUAGUUAUAAAUCUACACAAGUUUAUAAGGGUACUUAUAUUUUUACAAAUUAAAAGCUACUUAAAUGUGUUUACAUUUGAUCUUGUAAAAUAAUAUCUGUGAAUAUAUAUUACAUCUAUCUUCUGUAAAUUUUGUACAUAUAAAUAAGUAGUGAAAAGCACUACCAACAUCAUCAGCAGUACAAUAGAUACAUGUCCUGUUUUCAUAUAAAAUAUUGGUCCAUCUCCCUGUUUCAAAAGGUAAACGUGGUUAGCUAUACGGAAUCCAACAAAAUGUAUUACACAGUUUUAUCGAGUAUAUUGGGAUAUGUUUCAAACACUAAGUUCUCUUUAAAUAGUCUGUAACUUAAACCUUUAUUGGAUUCUGAAAUGUCACUUUGCCAAUUCUGUAAAAACAAACUGGUCUGAGAGUCUUUGUUUGACUAAUGUCUUUAACCUUGUUACUGGGCUAAACAUUUGCUUGUCACAGAUAUUAUUUAGGCCAAAGUUAUAAAUAUAUCUCUAACACUGAUAAUCCAUUUAUGGUUUGUUCCACGUUGUAUAUAGUCAUGAAAUAAUACUUUGUAGAUCUGUACUGAUAGCUUUGGACAUGUGUCUGUCAUAAGACGAAUCCCAAAACACACAAUACGUAUGGAUAUUAUAAGCAGUCGUGGUUUUCUUCCAAACUCUCCAUAUAGCAUAUAUACAGGUUGUGAUGGAUAUUAUAAGCAGUCGUGGUUUACUUCCAAACUCUCCAUAUAGCAUAUAUACAGGUUGUGAUGGAUAUUAUAAGCAGUCGUGGUUUACUUCCAAACUCUCCAUAUAGCAUAUAUACAGGUGUGCUUUUUCUUGCAUUUGCUAAAUAUCGUGAAAACUGGAUAUGUACACUUUCUAAUAUAUUGAUAUUUUCACAUCCCCAGAUUUCACAACCAUAGACUAAUAUAGGAACAACAAUUGCAUCAAAUAUUUUUAAACGAUAUUCAAUUGAAAAACAAUAUUCCUUUGAUUUUUAUAAGAUAUAAAACAUGACUUUUUGAGCCAGUUGUGCUAUGUGGGGGUUUUUUGUUUUUUUGCAUAAAUUGAUUUUAUUGGGGGGGGUUUUCGAACCAUAUUCCCAAGUAUUUGUGUUCAUUUACAUUCUCAAUCUCAAAAUUGUCUCAAUAGAAAACUUUCUUGUCGUCUUUUUUCGAAUCUCCAAAUAUGAUAAUCUUUGUUUUUGACACGUUUACUGUUAAUUUCCAUGUCUUACAAUACUUGUCGUAGGUAUUUAUAAUAUGUGAUAUAUCAUCUUCGUUUCUAACCAGGAGGGCGGUGUCAUCAACAUAUACCCUAAUAAAAAUCGUUAGACCUAUGUCAAGCUAUAUAUCAAAAUCAAAGGUAUUAAUCAUAAUACCGUUACACUGUCGUGACUUUAAAUAGUCCUCCAAAUCAUUUAAAAACAACGAGAAUAAAAUAGGGGAUACAGUUUCCCCUUUCCUCACGCCUAUGUUGCACAUAAACUAUGUUGAUAGUUCACCGUCCUUCUGAUACAUGAUUUAGACCAUAGUCCUAUUCUUCAAAUGGUAUCAAUAGCUUUUUUGAGAUCGAUAAAAGCACAGUAUAAUUUCCCUUGUUUUCUCUUUAACAUGAGGGCGGUGUCGUCAGCAUAUAACCUAAUAAGACCGGCCUCGGUGGCGUCGUGGUUAGGCCAUCGGUCAACAGGCUGGUAGGUACUGGGUUCGGAUCCCAGUCGAGCCAUGGGAUUUUUAAUCCAAAUACCGACUCCAAACCCUGAGUGAGUGCU